UGUCUCCAUCAGUCUAUGUAUGGUGGUGACCUCAACUGCCGGCAGCCCGCUUGUGUUGUUAACUAACUCGGGGCUAAGCUUAAAAAUAACGUUUUUACAUAUUACACUGGCCCUUGACAGGCUUAUUUUCUGAAGAUAGAGUGACAGCCUCGAUACCAGUGUGACUCUCUGCUCAAAGCUCAAGCUGAACAUGUUUUCCACCACGAGCGCUCUACUUUAUGGAAGCUUACUCUUUGUUUCGGGCGCACGUUCAGAAGCUAGCUCAGCUUCCUCUUCGGGCGUGACGGUGCAGGUAAACAACGUGCAUUACUACGUCCCCAGUCGUGCAGUUGGCUAUGCAGAGAGAAACGCCAGUGCCGACCGCGACGAAUUGUUCACGUUUGCGCCCAUUACUGUUAUCGAGGCUGGGCGUAAUAUAUCUACGUGCCAAGAUGUCAAGGCGAUUACCGAUUCGUUUCUUCAAGCCGAUGAUGUCAUACAGGAUGCAUUCACUCAUACUGUUUACAUGCAACGCGAUUACAAUGACGUAUAUGAAACAAAAAAUGUGUCUUGUCUGAAGCGUAUAGCCAGCACAAGCAGAGAGACGCUUCCCGCCGGCCCUUACUUUCUCUCUGCCCUGGGAAGCGUCCAUGAAGCUUACCGUUUGUACGUGGAUACGCAAGGAGCGUUUGCAGAGACAUCCGUGCCUUCCGUCGAUGGAUCGCAUACAGUUCUCUCUGCCAACAUUGGAGGCCAAGCUCUUUCUGUCGCUGUACCGUCUCGACUUUACCACCCACGAACUGACGACAAACCACUUGGCGGCAUGAGACUAGGUGUCAAGGACAUCUACGAUAUCAAAGGACUCAAAACCUCCAAUGGAAACAGGGCAUGGUAUCACCUUUACCCCAACGCCAACGAAACUGCAAUUGCCGUUCAAAAGCUCGUUGAUGCCGGUGCCAUCAUUGUCGGAAAGAUGAAGACUAGUCAAUUUGCCAAUGGCGAAACAGCAACUGCAGAUUGGAUCGAUGUCUUGGCACCAUUCAACCCCCGCGGUGAUGGAUACGAAGAUCCAUCGUCCUCUUCGGCUGGUCCAGCUGCUGGUAUUGCUGCAUAUGAGUGGCUUGAUAUCAGCCUCGGCUCCGACACUGGUGGUAGCAUCCGGAGCCCAAGCCAAAUUCAAGGCAUCUUUGGAAACCGCCCCAGUCAUGGUCUUGUUUCUCUGCAAGGCGCUAUGCCCCUAAGCCCCUCUUUCGAUACUGCUGGUUUGAUGGCAAGAGAUGCAGAGGUCUGGAGUCAAGCCGCCAAAGCACUCUACACCGCUAACAUCACCUUCACUGACGGGUAUCCUUCAAGCCUAUUGACAAUUGGCUUCGCAGAGAACCCCCAGAAUGAGUUGGAAAAGAUGCUGGUCCAGUUUCUUGGCGAUCUAAAGAAGUUUCUCAACGCUGAAUCUCGCACAUUCAACUUGUCGGCGACGUGGGCUUCCUCUCAGCCCAACAGACCUGCGUUGCAGUCCAUUGUCAACAACACUUACGAGAUCCUUUCUGCGAGCGAACAAGUUGCUCUGGUGAGAGAACCUUUCUACAAGGACUAUGCGGAACGUAACCAAGGUCGCUUGCCACAUGUCAACCCAGCGCCGCUUCAACGAUGGGCUUUGGCUGAUGCCUCCUCCCCAACGACUGUGCAAGACGCCAAGAAUAACCAGACCUUGUUCCGCGACUGGUUCAACUCGGAGGUGUUGGCUCCGGGUAACAAGAUAUGCUCCGAGCACCUUCUUGUUUACGUCCCAAGAGUCCCAACUCCCAAGUACAGGGAUGUGUAUCUAAGCGGCCCGGCGUUGCCGUCUGCUUUUUCAACAAGUCGUAUUUCUGUGCUGAGUGGCACUCCCGACAUUGUUAUUCCUAUCGGCGAGAUCCCGUUCCGAUCCAGGAUUGCCAAUCACACAGAGUACUUACCCGUAACUGUGGACUUUAUGGCCGCAAAGGGUUGUGAUGGAAUGCUUCUCUACUUGGUCAGAGAUCUACAGAAGAAGGGCAUCGUGCAGCCUAGUGUCCACGGUAAGAGCAAUGUGAACGGCGGCGACAUUCUUAUGUAAACCAUUUUGUAAUACUACUUCCUAUUCAUGCAAAUUAGAAUUAGACGAAAUGCGAUUUUAGAACAAAUAAAUAUCUGAAUUUUCCAUCUGUUUAAUUCGAAAUUUCGGGAAUGGUGCGGCAGUGAGCGAAGUGUGAUCAAUUCUAAACGUUAAAACAUCAUCUAUGUACAAUACUUUUCUUUUUUAUCAUUUACACCUGCAGGGUCUUGCUCUGGCCCAAAAGCUCCUGCACGUUGGCCUCGUUGACGGGAGUGUCGGGGCGGCUGCUGUUCAUCUCCUGCAGAGCCUUGAAGCCACCACGGACAUUGUCGGCCUCAAUGCCCUUGGCGCGGAGGACACUUGUGGCAACUCUAGCACUGUCACCAUCAUAGCAGAGGAAGAGAACUCUCUUGUCCUUGAUAGCAGCGGCAAUCUCCUCAGGAGGAGACAGGAAGGUUUCUUCCAGUCGCUUCCACAGAGUAGACAGCGCCUCAGGGUCAACAAAAGGAUUGGGGGCAUCUUUGGUGACAUAGGGCAUGUUGAUAGACUUGGGAAGACUGAAAGCGGCAAAGUCAGCCUCCUGUCUGAAAUCGAUGAUGCAGCUGUCAGUCUUUAAAGGAAUCAUUUGCAGAUCAGCACUGGGCAGCUUGGCAGCAAUGGAGACAAGAUCGCCAAUCAAGUCAGUAGCGACAUCGUAGUAGGCGCCAAGGGCCUCGACAGGGUCACGCUCCCAUCUCUCGUCGUAGCGGUGACAAUCAACGUUGAGAAGGCUCUCGUUGGUAAUGGCGGGGAAUUGAGUAGCAUCCAGCUUGUCAAAGUACUCGCCAAUGUACUGGUAGGGGAGAUCGCAGCAGAGGAAGACACAGUGGACUUCACCAUCUUCACCAGCCAUCUCGGACAAAGUGCCUUCAGCCUUGCGCUUCCCAAUGAAGUUGUACAAGCCCUGGAGGUUGAAGCCCGAGGAUGGGCCACAGACAAUACCGUUGCGGCACAUGGCAAGCGAGAGAGUGUAGGAGUCGUGGGAGCCAACCUCCUCAAUGUGGUCGACGGACUUCUUCCAAGGGAACUCGACGGGAGCCAAGAGGGCAUACGAGCGGGGACCGGGAACACGGUCUCCAGGAGCAGUACAGACA